UCUUCGUUGCAGUGUGAGUCUUGAGAGUAAGAGACUCUCUCUUUUAUCAAAUGGCUUCCACAAAGCGCCAACUGUCGGAGGAGUGGAUACCGAACUCCACGAACACGAUGACCCCUCGUCAUUUUGUUUCUUCUCCUUGCGUUGUUCUCAAUCAAGCUGAUUGCGACUUGGAUUUCAAUGUGGAAUCCGAUGGACUUGUUGGAUAUGGACUUCAUGAUCAGGGGUUUGCUUAUUGUUGGUCUGGUGCCCGAGCUAACGUUGGAAUAACCAGAGGAAGAUAUUGUUUUGGGUGCAAAAUUGUUUCUUUGCAGCAGGUUCCAAUGGAGGACACCGACUUUGAGGAGCGGCAUAUUUGCCGGCUUGGUAUAUCUAGAGGGGAUGAUAUGCUUGGGGAACUUGGGGAGACCAAAUACAGCUUCGGAUAUGAUGGGACAGGAAAGUUUUCACAUGAAGAAAAAUCUUCAGAUUAUGGUAAGAGGUUUGGUGUUGGUGAUACAAUAGUAUGCUGUAUUGACCUUGAAGGCAAGCCAAUGGCUUCAAUUGGUUUCUCCAAGAAUGGUAAAUGGUUGGGAACUGCACUCUAUUUUUUCCCUAGUCCUUUAGGUCUUGGAGUGGUGGAUUCUCCCCUGGAAGAUUUACAGUGGAAAUCAGCACUUUUUCCACAUGUGCUGUUAAAAAAUGUGGUGGUUAAGAUGCAGUUCAGCCUUGAAGAUGGACUUGUUCCUCAAGAAGGGUUCAAACCUUGGGCCUCUGCUAUUGAGGACAGAAACAUCAUCAUGGGACCUGCCUUUUCUGAUCAAAGCAAUUGUGAAGUGAUAAUGAUGGUGGGUUUGCCUGCUUCAGGGAAGACUACAUGGGCAGAAAAAUGGGUGGAAGAGCAUCCAGAAAAGCGUUAUGUUUUGCUUGGAACAAAGUUGAUUCUUGAUCAGAUGAAGUUGAACGACUGUGGUGAAAGACUUGAUCGCUUGAUGGAUCAAGUAACUGGAGUAUUCAAUGUGCUGCUAACGAGAGCAGCUAUUAUUCCUCGCAAUUAUAUAAUUGAUCAAACAAAUGUUCACAAAAAUGCACGUAAGCAUAAGCUCAAACCAUUUGCUGACUAUCAAAAGAUUGCUGUUGUUGUAUUUCCAAAGCCAGAAGAGCUCAAGGUGCGGUGUGAUAAACGAUUUAAAGAAACCGGAAAAAAAGUGCCGCCUGAUUCUCUGAAAAACAUGAUUGCUAACUAUGUUCUUCCAAAAAGCAUGGAUAUGCCUAAUUCAGAUGAGUAUUUUGAUCAGGUUAAGUUUGUAGAACUGAACCGAGAUGAGUCUCAGAUGUAUUUAGAUCAGAUGAAGCAGGAUCGUACAUCUAUAUCAAACACUAGUUCAUCGCAAUUACAGUGCAGUGAUUCCUUUCAUUCACUUGCUGGUUCUCCUUUGCAAAACCAAGAAAGUUUUACAGGCGGAGUUAAUCACGGACAAGGCAUUCAUUCUCAGAUCCAUCCAUCCAACUACUGGAUGCCCAGUCAAGUUAACACAAAUGUUCAUGUGGUUGAUCAGCAUCAUGGAAGUAUGAAUUCAUUUUCCGAAGUAUAUCCAGGCAGUCAAAUACCCCCUGUACCCCGAGCACCCUCUCCUUGUGGACAUAAUCCCAUUAACAGAAAUGAAGCGAAUGAAGCCUUGCCAAUUUCAAAUGCAGCUACGAUGCCUUUUGAUUAUCAUAAAUCCUACAAUGACAACAGCGGUUUCCAGCGCCACCUGCAAACUCCAUCCUCAGCCACACCCGAUUCAGUUUCCCCAUUCGGAAUACCAAAACCAAGUUCAAGACCUCCAGAUGUAAGAUUCCCAGAUUACAAACCAUAUCCUGGAUAUACCCCUCAGCGUCCAAGAUACUAUUGACUCUUCUAUGGAAUCUGCUAGUCUUCAUAGAUAUAACCUGGAUGUCUUUACAUGUUUAAAAUUUUUCUUGUGCAUAGAUACCAAAUGAAUUCACUAUUCAGACAUUAAUAAACCUCACAUGUAUAGUGGUAAAUUGAAUGCCAAAAUGUGAAAGC